AAGAUGUGAUACUUUAUUUGACAAAAUGGUACACGAAGAUUUGCGAGUGGAGUGGAUUCGACAGAGGGUCACAGCCGGGUUCAAUUUAACUAAAUAUCCAGAAUCAUUCGAUGAACUGGUCAGCCGUGGAGGCGGCGAGGAAGAGCAGAAAAUUAUCCGUUUUCUGAACUUGGUCACCGAUGAGGAUUCGUCGAUAUGUCUCCUCAUCUAUCAAACAACUAGAGAGGAAGAAGUAGAAGUCCCCCUGGAGAGGAAACAUGGAGACUCCUCAGACCCUGACCAGGCAUUCACAUGCGAAACCAAAACCCCAUCUGACGCAGAUGAGACAGAUAAGCAACAAGCAACAGAAGUCAAAGUGGUCUACCACAAUGAGCUUCAUGUAGCUGUAAACCAGAGCUUAAAGCAGUCUUUGAAAUGUCGGUGUAUAUACUUUGUCAGAAAUACAAAGGACACUAUUGAUAAGCCAAAGGACAUGAAAGAAGCUCACAUCCAAAUGCCACGACUGUUGGAUGUCCACAUGCAUUGCAGAGACAUCCAACAGGCUCUAGAGAGCAGACUUGUUCGUGUGUAUAUGCCCUUGUUCACUUCACACCAGAUGUCAAAUACUGGAGCGCGUUAUCAGAGCAAGGAAGAUUAUUUGCAGCAGAUGUGUAAAGAUGGUGAAGAGCGGAGUUUGGAUAAGUCAGUCGGAAAACUUUUGGCUCGUGAUGAACUGCUCCAUAGCACAACCAAGUUCCUGGCCAGCGUCAAUGCAUUUCAACUGCACCUUCAAAUAGCAGAUGAAAAUAGAUUCAAAAUCCCAGACGUCGACUUGAAACCGGAGGUGGAUGUGCUGCUUAAAAAUCCAGAGGUGUUGGAGACCUUAGAGCAGAGUGUGAUGAACUGGCAGAGUCAGAUUACUGUUGCAAUGGAGGAACUGCAGAACAAAACACACCAGGGACCGGGGCCUAUGGCUGACAUACAGCUUUGGCAGGAGCGUGCUUCUGUCCUCAAUGCUCUGAGUGACCAGCUUAAACAGCCCGCAGUAGAGAAGAUCAUCAAGGUGAUGAACAAAGCAAACGCAGCCUGUAUUCACACCUUCAAUGAAACAACUGCAGAACUAACAAAAUACUUCAUGGAAUCCAAUAAUAAUCGGAACUUUCUUGGAAUACUGGAGAGACACUUUACGAAUUUUGCAUCGGGUGAAAACUUUGCUAUGAUCCGUGACACCAUCCCUGAUCUCAUGGGGAUUUUGAAGAUCGUGUGGUUAACGUCUCUCCACUAUAACUAUAAUGAAAGAAUGGUCCCUCUGAUGGAGCGCAUUGCUUGGCAGCUGUGUGAGCGUGUGGUUCAAGGAAUCAAUAUUCAUGAAAUAUUCAAUGAAAACAGGGAAAAAGCAAAGUGCAAAGUGCUUGAGGCAAAGCAAGCCCUGGAGCAAUGGAAGAUGUCGUAUUUUGAGACACGGGCUGAGAUUGAAAAGUUAGGCCGAGCCCCUCGCUGGGAAUUUGAUCGUAAAAGACUUUUUGAAAGGUCCGAUUACGUGGCUUCAAUCUGCCAAGACCUGGGCAAGGUUUUUCAGGUGCUGGAGGAGUACCACAACAUCAUUUUUCUAGAGCUUACUGGAGUCCACCAUGUCAACAAGGUGCUAAAGAAAGUGGAUGAGUUUGUUUUGCCCUUUCAAGAAGCCAACUUUAACCCUUUUAACAUGUCGAAAAAAUACAUUUGGAAAAAGAUUAUUGAAGACACAGUGAAGGCUGUGAAUGAUGAAGUUAUCAACUUUGUUGAUCUGAAUUUUGAAAACCUGCAUUCUUCAGCUGCUGCCUUUAAAAUGCUGCAGAAAGCCAAAAAGAUCAUUACCAAUGAGACCAUUUUCAACGAUUUGAUGAGGAGAAUAACUGACAAUGUCGUGAAACUGUACUGCAGAGAGGUGGAUUGCAUGAUAGAAAACUUUGAAGCAGAGAAAGAACAACCGCCUCUGAUAAAAAUUGGGCCUCCUGCUGCUGGAGCUAUAACUUGGGCUCGGACUCUUGUCGGUCAAGUCGAACAAACCCUCCUUCUCUUCCUAAAAGAACCAGAUAUCAUUAGCAGUGAACAGACCUCAAAGGCCAAAGACAAGUGUAGGGAAUUGGCAAAGCGCACCAAGGACUAUGAGCGAAAGAAGUAUGAAUCUUGGAAGCAAGAGGCACUGGACAAAUUAUCCACAGUACUGAAAAAAAAAGUGCUGAUUAGGAAAGUAGCUGGAGAGACGGACUUGAAGACGACCGGAACAAAACGAAAUAAGAAUGUUCAAUACUCUGUAAACUUUGCUCCUGAAAUCCUUUUUGAAGCCCAGUACCUUUCAUAUAUGGGCCUCAGUCUUCCUAAGUUGAUUGUAAUCUUUGCCCUUCUGGAGCAACGCAUUUUAAGUUAUGUGGACAACCUGUGGAAACUGGUCAACCAGUAUCAGUCUGUGAUGGACAGUGUGAGCGAAGUUCAUCUGCAAAUGCUGUCGUCGCAAAUACAGAGAGUCAAUGAUGAGAUGGAGUAUGGAUGCACAAGACUGACCUGGAAAUCUCUGGGAAUACCCAACUUCAUCAGCAGAGGUUUGCAGAAGGUCUCUGAGUUAGAAUCCCUGGUCAAGAAGAUUAUCAACAAUGAGAGGCAACUAGAGUCCAAGUUACAUUUUAUAACGAUGGCCAACCUAUUGAAAUAUCCAGCACCAGACACAUCAAGUGCCCUACCAGGUCCUAAGGAGUUCUGUGGACGUAUUGCAGAAGAGCGGGUCAAAACAUUGGCCUUACUUCUUGAUACAUACACUGAAAUCGGGAUCCUCAUCACUCAGACAGAAUUUUAUAUCCUUGAAACCAGCAGCGGAAAAGCUGCAUGUAUGGCAAGUUACUACAUGCACUGGGAGCAGAAAGUGUUUGAAUCUCUGAUAAAGAUGGUGCUGAGGAGUCUGAAAGAGUUUGACGUGGCACUGAUGGGGAAAACACCUUUGUUCCAAAUUGACGCCAUUCUGUCGGUCCCCGAGAUUGAGUUACAGCCCCAAAGUAAUAAGAUCUACUCACUGAUCAUGCAGUCCAUCAGGGAAUGCAUAGAGAGCACUAAAGGGUUUACACGCUGGAUUCAGAGGACCUGCAUCAAAUGCCCACCACAACAAGUGGAUGGUGAGCAGGAGAUGGUAACUUUCUCCUUCCUCAGUGAUGUCUGGGUGGACUCUUCCAUAAUUGAGACUGCUAAGACUGUUUCUGAAAACAUCAAGGGGCUGCUUCUGUCUCUGGAUCAGCACCUUAACAGCUGGAAACAGUAUCGACCUCUUUGGGAAUUAAACAAAACCCUCGUCAAUGAAACAUUUGCUGCAAAGAACCCAUCCUGUACUAUGUAUGACGAUAAGCUACAGUUUUUUGCUCACAUAAAACAGAAGGUUAUGCAGGAACCUGGAUCCAUAACCAAAAACAGCAUCUAUCUGAACUUUAAACCUCUGGUGACCACAAUUAAGGACUUUGCAGACUCCUGGAUCACUUCUCUUGGUAGCUUGCUAAACAAACCUGCCAAAGACGAUGUUUUCAACUUGAAGGACCAACUCAUGCAACUCGAUACGAAGCUGAAGAGAAGCAUUGGCACAUUUGAUGACCUCAAGGUUGUUUUAUCGACCAUUUCAGACAUCAGUGACAUGUCUCUAGAUGUGGAAAUCAGAUUAACUGAUAUCGAGGAAAGGUACAGAACUUUGGCCCAGCACAAUGUGAAGGUUGGCGAUGAUGAAAAGGAACUAGUGGCCAAAAUUGGAAACAUGUGGAAUGAUCUGUUAGCAGAGUCUAGAGAGGUAGAUCAAAGUCUACUAGAUGUCAAAAAGUCAUUUGCGGAGAUAAUAAAGACAAAGAUUGAGGAGUAUAAACAAGAAUUGGCUAUUUUUGCUGAAAGCUUCAACAUGCAUGGCCCUGGAGCUGUGGGAGAUAACUUGGAUAAAGGACUAAGAGUAAUGGCUAAAUAUGAGGCGGACUUUGCCAGAAUGGAGCUAGAACGGCAGGAUCUCAAGAGCAGUGAGAAGCUGUUGGAUCUACCCAUCUCCAUGCACCCAGAGGCUACCAGGAUUCAGAAAGACAUGAUGGCAUUGAGACAGAUAUACGAUAUCUAUGCAGACCAAAAGAAUGCAAAAGCAGAGUGGUCCCAGAUAUUGUGGGUAGAUUUGGACAUCCAAGUGCUCCAGGAUGGCAUAGACUCGUUCCUCAAAAGAUUCAGACAGCUGCCCAAAGACGUGAGGGCUUUACCUGUGGCCUUCUAUCUAGACGGAUGCAUGAGGGAGUUCAAAGAAUCUCUGCCCCUUUUACUGGACCUGAAGAACGAGGCCCUUAGAGACAGGCACUGGAAGGCGUUAACGGAAGGAACUGGUACCAGCUUUGAGAAGAAUAUGAAGACCUUCACUUUAGAGGACAUGUUUUCUAUGGAGCUGCACAAAUAUGGAAAUGUCGUAGGAGACAUAGUCACCUCUGCUGUAAAAGAGCUGAAUAUUGAGAAGGGGGUGAAUGCCAUUACAGGGACAUGGAAGAAGAUGAGUUUUAAUGUGCAGAAGUAUUUUAGAGGCACUCAGGAGCAUGGUUUUAUUAUAGGUGCUGUAGAUGAGAUCCUGCUGAAUGUUGAGAAUGAUUUGAUAACCUUAAGGAGCAUGUCGGCCAGUCGUUUUGUUGGACCAUUCCUUGACACUAUACAACAAUGGGAAAACAAUCUGUCACUCAUUAGUGAGACAAUAGAGGUGUUGCUGACAGUCCAGCGAAAGUGGAUAUACCUCGAGAGUAUAUUCAUUGGUGGAGAGAUUCGCUUGCAGCUACCUGAAGAAGCUGCAAAGUUUGAUGAUAUUGACAAGAAGUUUCAAGAAAUUAUAUACGAAGCAGCUAAAUGUCCAAAUAUUGAGCACUGCUGCGUGGCUUCUAAUUGGCUAACAAAACUACAAGCCUUGAUUGAUAGUCUAGAGAGGUGCCAGAAGAGCCUUAACGACUACCUGGACUCCAAGCGAAAUGCAUUCCCGCGUUUCUUCUUCCUCUCUGAUGAUGAACUGCUCAGUAUUCUUGGGAGUAGUGACCCUGCGUGCAUCCAGGAACACAUGAUCAAGAUGUUUGACAAUAUAGCUUCACUAAGAUUUGAGGUGAGAAGCAGUCAGUCAGUCGUUGCUGCCAUGGUGUCAGCUGAGGGUGAGGUGAUGGAGUUUAGGAACCCUGUCCCAGUGUUGGGGAGAGUGGAAGAGUGGAUGAUGGCGGUCCUUCUAGAGAUGCAGAGAACUAACAGGCUUAUUACCAAUGAGGCAAUCGUCAACUAUUGUAAAGACAGGAGCAGGGUGGAGUGGAUGCUCGUGUACCAGGGCAUGAUGGUGCUAGCUGCAAAUCAAGUCUGGUGGACAUGCGAGGUUGAAAAGGUCUUUAAAAAGCUGAAGGAAGGUGAUAAGAAUGCUUUGAAGAACCAGGCUGAAAAGAUGCACCACCAGAUCGGUGAACUGGUUACACGCAUCAAUCAGCCUCUAACGAAAAAUAACAGGCGGAAGAUCAACACUGUGCUCAUCAUUGAUGUCCAUGCCAGAGAUAUUGUGGAAAGUUUUGUAGGAAUCAUGGAUGCACAAGCGUUUGAGUGGGAAAGCCAGCUAAGGUUCUACUGGAUGCGGGGAAGUGUGUUUGUGCAUCAGUGCAGUGCCUCAUUCUCUUACGGCUAUGAGUACAUGGGGCUGAAUGGUCGGCUGGUUAUAACCCCACUAACAGACAGGAUCUACCUGACCUUUACUCAGGCUCUCUCGAUGUACUUGGGCGGAGCUUCUGCUGGACCGGCUGGUACAGGAAAAACAGAAUCCAUUAAAGAUCUGGCUAAGGCUUUAGGCUUGCUCUGUGUGGUUACAAACUGUGGUGAGGGCAUGGACUACAGGGCGGUUGGGAAGAUCUUUUCCGGCCUUGCACAGUGCGGCGCUUGGGGUUGCUUUGAUGAGUUCAAUCGUAUAGAUGCCUCUGUGUUGUCAGUGCUCUCUUCUCAAAUGCAGACCAUACGCAACGCUCUCAUCUCAAACAGUAAAAGGUUUAAGUUCCAGGGGGAAAUGAUCAACUUGGAUAACCGCAUGGGCAUCUUUAUCACAAUGAACCCUGGUUACGCAGGACGGACAGAGCUCCCAGAAUCAGUCAAAGCUCUCUUCAGGCCUGUAGUUGUGAUUGUACCUGACCUACAGCAGAUCUGUGAGAUAAUGCUGUUUUCUGAAGGAUUUCUUAUGGCCAAGGUGCUUGCAAAGAAGAUGACGGUGCUGUAUAAGCUGUCUCGUGAGCAACUAUCUAAGCAGUCUCAUUAUGAUUUCGGCCUACGUGCUCUAAAGUCUGUGCUGGUGAUGGCAGGGGAGCUAAAGAGAAGCUCACCUGACCUAAAGGAGGAUGUAGUGUUGAUGCGUGCUCUCAGGGACAUGAACCUGCCAAAGUUUGUUUUUGAGGACGUCCCUCUGUUCCUUGGGCUGAUCUCUGACCUUUUCCCUGGACUCGACUGUCCUCCUGUUCGCCAUCCUAAUUUUAAUGAUGCUGUUGAGAAGACACUGGAGGAGAACAAAUAUAUCAUCCUGCCUCAACAGGUGGAUAAAGUGGUACAGAUGUAUGAGACAAUGAUGACCAGGCACACUACUAUGAUUGUCGGCCCCACUGGUGGUGGAAAAUCUGUUGUGAUCAACACCCUAUGUCAAGCUCAGACCAAAAUGGGCCUGCAAACCAAGCUGUAUCCGCUGAACCCUAAAGCCAUGGACGUCAAUGAACUCUAUGGAGUUCUUGACCCAGACACUCGAGACUGGACGGAUGGGAUUUUAUCCAACAUCUUUCGGAAAAUCAACAAACCUACAGAGAAAAGCGAUCGACGGUACAUCCUGUUUGAUGGGGACGUGGACGCCCUCUGGGUUGAAAACAUGAACUCAGUAAUGGAUGACAACAAGCUCCUCACAUUAGCUAAUGGAGAACGUAUUCGCUUGCAGAGUCAUUGUGCACUGCUGUUUGAGGUUGGUGAUUUGCAGUAUGCUUCCCCUGCUACUGUGUCUCGGUGUGGGAUGGUUUUUGUUGACCCAAAAAACUUGCGAUAUACCCCAUACUGGCAAAGAUGGGUGACCAGCAGACCAGAGGAACAAGAGGUUCUGAAUCGACUGUUUGAGAAAUAUGUGCACAACUGUAUUGACAUGAUUGUAGAUGGCUUAGUUGAUGGUAAACAAGGAGAGAAACUGGAAACUGUUGUCCCUCAGACAGACCUGAACAUGGUCACCCAGCUGUGCUUUACGUUGGAUGCACUGCUGGAGAAAGACAACAGCACAGAAGAUGUCCUGGAGUGUUACUUCCUGGAGGCUCUCUACUGCUCACUGGGAGCCGCACUGGUGGAAAGUGCUCGUAUCAAGUUUGACGAGUUCAUCAAAAGACUCUCCUGCUUUACCAUCGUGCAUGAAGAAAAAGCCUUGGCCGGGCCUGGUGAGAUCCCAGGAUACCUCCCAACCCUGUUUGAUUUCCAUUUUGAUGGAACUCAGCAAAAGUGGGUUCCCUGGAGCUCCCUAGUGGCAAAAUACACUCACAACCCUGAAACAAAGUUUGCUGAUAUCCUAGUGCCAACUGUUGAGACGACCAGAGCAAGCUGGAUUUUGGAACAGAUGGUGAAGAUAGAGAGACCAGUGUUACUUGUUGGAGAAUCUGGCACUUCCAAGACUGCCACCAUCCUUAACUUUCUGAAGAAUGUUGAUUCCGAUAGAUGGAUCAAUCUGAAUAUCAACUUCUCAUCAAGAACAACUUCAAUGGACGUGCAGAGAAACUUUGAGGUUAAUGUGGAGAAAAGGAGCAGAGACAUAUAUGGGCCUACAAUGGGGAAGAGACUGCUGAUAUUUAUUGAUGACAUGAAUAUACCAAAGGUGGAUACUUAUGGGACACAACAGCCUAUUGCAUUUCUAAAGCUGCUAUUAGACCGAGGCGGACUUUAUGACAGAGGAAAGGAACUCAACUACAAAUUCCUUAAAGACCUCAUCUUUAUUGCUGCCAUGGGGAAGGCAGGAGGUGGUAGGAAUGAGGUGGAUCCACGCUUCAUCUCACUCUUUAGUGUUUUCAGCAGUCCCUUUCCCACUAUGGAGUCGCUCCACCUUAUCUAUGCCUCUAUUAUCAAGGGCCACACCAAACUGUUUGAGACAGGUAUUAGGAUGGUGUGUGAUACAGUCACAGAAUGCACCCUAGAACUUUACAAACACAUCACCAAAGACCUUCCCCCGACUCCAUCCAAAUUCCACUACAUCUUCAACCUGAGGGACUUAUCCAGAGUCUACAAUGGACUGAUCCUCACCAAACCAGACAAUUUUUUGACUGUCAGCCAGUUUGUGCGUGUCUGGCGAAAUGAGUGUUUGAGAGUCUUCCAUGACAGACUUAUUGAUGAAACUGACAAAACGUUGGUCCAAAGUCACAUAAAGAAGCUGGUUGAAGACCACUUUACGUCAGAAAUGGAGGAAGUGAUGAGGGACCCAAUACUUUAUGCCGACUACAGGACAGCUCUGAGUGAAUCGGAACCAAGAGUUUAUGAAGAACUCCAAGACUAUGAAUGCUCGAAAGCAAUACUUGAGUUAAUACUUGAGGAAUACAAUGAGAAGAAGCCAAGAAUGAAACUAGUCCUGUUUGAUGAUGCUCUGGAACAUCUGACCCGGGUUCACCGCAUCAUCCGCAUCGAUCGGGGCCACGCACUGCUUGUUGGAGUUGGAGGCUCUGGCAAACAGUCCCUUACCAAACUUGCUGCUUUCACUGCUGGCUGUGAGGUGUUUGAGAUAACUCUAAGCAGAGGAUAUAAUGAGUCCAACUUCCGUGAGGAUUUGAAAACCCUCUACUUAAAGCUUGGAAUUGAAAACAAGAAGAUGGUUUUCCUCUUUACGGAUGCCCAUGUUGCUGAGGAAGGCUUCCUGGAACUAAUUAACAACAUGCUCACAUCAGGCAUAGUUCCUGCUUUGUUCCCCGAUGAUGAGAAGGAGUCUAUUCUCAAUGAGCUUCGUGAUGAGGCUCUGAAAAUGGGAGCAGGUCCCUCCAAACAGAGUUUAUGGCAGUACUUUGUCAAUAAGAGUGCUAGUAAUCUGCAUGUGGUCCUAUGCAUGUCUCCAGUUGGAGACACCUUGAGGACACGCUGCAGGAACUUUCCAGGACUGAUGAACAACACUGUGAUAGACUGGUUCCUGCCAUGGCCUCCACAAGCACUAGAAGCAGUGGCACACUUUUUCAUUGGUGAAAAUCCAAUGAUCCCUAAAGCACACACUGAAGCAGUUAUACAACAUGUUUGCAUGGUUCAUGGCUCUGUGGAUGAAUACAGCAAGCUAUUCCUGCAAAAAUUUAGACGAUUCAAUUAUGUUACUCCAAAGAACUACUUGGACUUUAUAAACACAUACUGUAAUCUCUUGGAGGAAAAAGAAAACAGUUUCUUAGGUCAGUGCAAGCGUUUAGAGAGUGGGCUGGAUAAAAUGAAGGAAGCCAGCAAUGAGCUGGCUGGACUAAAUGUCCAGCUUGCAGAUCAGAAGGUGGUCCUUGCUGAAAGGUCAAAAGCUUGUGCAACCCUACUGGAAAACAUUACCAUAAACAAAAGUGAAGCUGAGGACAAAAGAUCUAUGGCUAACAAAAAAGCAAAAGAAAUUGAGGAACAAAACAAAGUCCUAGCUGUUGAAAAGAAAGAAGCUGAAAAUUCCUUGGCUGAAGCUUUGCCAGAAUUGGAAUCAGCCCGUCACGCCCUGCAAGAGCUGAAGAAAUCUGAUGUCGCCGAGAUCCGGUCUUUUGCUAAGCCACCUAAACAAGUCCAAGUGGUGUGUGAGUGCAUUCUGGUGCUGUGCAACUAUAAAGAAAUCAGCUGGCAGUCAGCAAAGGGAAUGAUGUCUGAAGCCAACUUCCUUCGCUCCCUGAUGGAAAUGGAUUGUGAUUCGAUAACUAAUAGCCAGUUAACGACAGUCAAAGGUUUCAUAAAGAGCCUACAUACAACCCCAGAGGAAAUGCAAUCAAUCAGCAAAGCUGGCUCAGGGAUGCUCAAGUUUGUGAAAGCAAUCAUAGGCUACUGUGAGACCGCCAAGAAAAUUAAGCCCAAGAGAGAUAAAGUGGCACGCCUAGAAAAGGAUUUCUUUAAGAGCAAGAAGGACCUGGGAUGCAUUCAAAAUGAGCUUAGCAGUAUCCAGGCAGAGUUGCAAGCUCUUGAGGAAAAGUACAAAGCUGCUAUCAAGGAAAAGCAUAUCCUUCAGGGAGAGGCAGAAGUCAUGGAGAGGAGGCUUACAGCUGCUGACAAACUCAUCUCUGGCUUAAGCUCAGAAAACAAACGAUGGGCGAGAGACUUGGACGAGUUGAAGCAGAGACGUGCGCACCUCCUUGGUGACUGCUUGGUCUCUGCUGCUUUCCUGAGCUAUGCAGGGCCCUUCAGCUGGGAGUUUAGGAAUGAAAUGGUGCAUCAAAUAUGGGUUAAGGAUGUUCAGGAAAGAGGCAUCCCCCUGAGUCAGCCUUUCAAGGUGGAAAGCCUUCUUGCUGAUGAAGAAGAGAUCAGCAGAUGGGGCUCUGAGGGGUUGCCCCCCGAUGAGCUGUCUGUACAGAACGGAAUCCUGACAACCAAAGGAAGUCGCUUUGCACUGUGUAUUGAUCCUCAGCAGCAGGCAUACAACUGGAUUAAAAAGAAAGAAAAAACCAACAAUCUCACGAUUUCAUCUUUCAACGAUCCAGAAUUCCUGGAACAGCUUGAGAUGGCCAUCAAGUUUGGCUUUCCGUUCCUUUUCCAGGAUGUGGAUGAAUACAUCGACCCAGUAAUUGAAAAUGUUCUAGAGAAGAAUCUGAGAGGACCUGAGGGCAGACAUGUCAUUAUGCUCGGUGACAAGGAGGUGGAUUAUGAUCCUAACUUCAGACUUUAUCUCAACACCAAGCUGGCUAACCCUAAAUACACUCCAACAGUGUUUGGGAAAGCCACGGUCAUUAACUACAGCGUAACGCUUAAAUGUCUGGAAGAUCAGCUAUUGAGCGUCAUCGUGGGCUUGGAGAAAAGAGACACAGAAGAGCAACAUGUGCGUUUAAUCCAAGAGACCAGUGCGAAUAAGAAGCUGCUGAAAGAUCUUGGAGAUUUAUUGCUUAUAGAGCUGGCCAAUUCUACAGGCAACAUUUUGGACAACACAGAUCUCAUUAAAACUCUGGAGAAAACAAAGCUGAAAGCCACUGAGGUAUUUGAGGCGCUCCAGUUGGCUCAGAAGACAUUAGAGCAUAUAGAUCAACUCAGAGACAGUUACAGACCUGCUGCAAAACGCGGCGCCAUCCUUUUCUUUGUACUGACAGACAUGGCUCUGGUCAACAGCAUGUACCAAUACUCACUCGCAUCCUACUUGAAAGUGUUUGAAAUGUCUAUAAAAAGUGCUCCGUCUGAAUCGGUUCUACACGAAAGGAUUCAAAACAUCAUCAACACUCUGACAUACGAUGUUUACAACUAUGGCUGUACAGGGCUGUUUCAGAGACACAAGCUGCUUUUUUCAUUCAACAUGGCGGUGAAGGUUGAACAGGGAGAGGGAAGAGCACCCCAACAGGAGCUAGAAUUUUUUAUAAAAGGUAAUCUAUCUCUGGAAAAAAGCAGCAAAAAGAAGCCAUGUGAUUGGCUUCCUGACCAGGGCUGGGAGGAUGUGGUCAAACUUUCCGAGAUCUUUCCUGAUCAGUUUGGCUCUCUUCCUGAUGACAUUCAGAAAAAUUCCUCAGACUGGAAAUCUUGGUAUGAUUUGGACGCACCAGAACAGGCUCCAUUUCCCAAUGAAUACAAACAAAACCUUUCGGCCUUCCAGACCCUGCUGUUACUGCGCUGCUUCCGUGUGGACAGACUCUUCAGGGCUGUGACUGACUACAUCACUGUGACCAUGGGAGAGAAGUACGUGCAGCCCCCUGUGAUCAACCUUUCUUCAAUUUACAAACACAGCACAGCUUUGUCUCCCACCGUUUUCAUCUUGAGCCCUGGCACUGACCCAGCCAGUGAUCUCAUGAAACUGGCAGAGGCAUCAGGCUUUACAGACAGGUUCAAGAUCCUUGCAAUGGGCCAAGGGCAAAAUAAGGUGUCACUAGAUCUGUUAAAAAGGUCAGUCAUUCAAGGUCAUUGGCUGAUGCUGCAGAACUGCCACUUACUGGUGAAGUGGUUAAAAGAACUGGAGAAGACAUUGGAACAAAUCAAUGAUGCCAACCCCGACUUCCGCUUAUGGAUCACAACCAAUCCCAUCAAGGAGUUCCCUGUUGGCAUUCUACAAAACUCUCUGAAGGUAGUGACGGAGCCCCCCAGCGGUCUCAAGCUCAACAUGAAGGCCACGUACUCCAAAAUCUCGCCUAAAAUCUUGGAGGCAUGUCCACAUCCUAUGUUCAAAAGCUUGGUGUAUGUGCUGGCCUUUUUCCAUGCCGUGGUGCAGGAGAGGAGAAAGUAUGGAAAGACUGGCUGGAAUGUGCCCUAUGACUUCAGCGAGUCAGACUUCUUUGUUUGUAUGGAGAUCCUGAACACCUACCUGACUAAAGCAUACAGGCAAAAAGAUGGUAAUAUCCCAUGGGAAGGCCUGAAAUAUCUCAUUGGAGAGGUGAUGUAUGGCGGGCGAGUUAUAGAUAGCUUCGAUCGCAGGAUCCUGACUGUCUACAUGGAAGAAUACUUUGGGGAUUUCCUCUUCCAUACCUUUCAGAAGUUCCACUUCUUCAGAAACAAAGAUGCAGUUUACAAAAUACCUCCAACUGGGCCAAAGGCAGCAUAUGUUGCUGAGAUUAAUAGCAUGCCGCUGGUAAACACACCAGAGGUUUUGGGUCUUCAUUCCAAUGUAGAGAUAGAAUAUAACACCCUGGCUGUGAAAGAGAUGUGGGCUCAUCUGAUAGACCUUCAACCUUGGACUGGUGAAUCUAGUGGAAACCUUACGAGGGAAGAGCAGAUAAGCCAGGUGGCCCAGGACAUCCAGAGCAAACUUCCUGAGCUGUUUGACAUAGAAGUGAUUCAUAAAAAGUUUGGCACAGAUGUGUCUCCGACCUCAGUGGUUCUCCUUCAGGAGCUCGAACGCUUUAACAAACUGGUGGCUUGCAUGCAGCAGUCUUUGGCUGAGUUGCAAAGGGCCUUAGUUGGCGAGGUGGGAAUGAGCAGUGAGCUGGAGGAUGUGGCUCAGGCCCUUUUUAACGGCCACAUUCCUGCCAUUUGGAAGAAGCUGGCACCUGAGACUUUGAAGUCCCUUGGAAACUGGAUGAGCCACUUCAAGAGGCGUCAUGAGCAAUAUAACUACUGGGUGAAUGAGGGUGAGCCAAAAGUCAUGUGGCUAUCAGGACUUCAUGUCCCAGAGUCUUAUCUGACCGCCCUGGUUCAAGCUGCCUGCAGGACAAACGGCUGGCCUCUGGAUCUUUCUACCUUAUACACAGAAGUGACCCAGUAUCGCAGUGAGGAUGAAAUCACAGCCAGGCCCAAACAAGGCUGCUUUGUGUCUGGCCUGUACCUGGAGGGAGCAGACUGGGACAUGGAGAACAACUGUCUAAUGAGAAGUAAACCGAAGGUCUUGGUGGUUGAACUGCCCAUUCUGAGAAUCAUCCCCAUCGAGACACGCCGUCUUAGGUUACAGAAUACAUUGAGGACACCAGUGUACACAACAUCGAUGCGGAGGAAUGCAAUGGGUGUGGGACUGGUGUUUGAAGCAGACUUGUUUACUACGCUGCACCACUCCCACUGGGUUCUGCAGGGAGUCUGUUUGUGUCUCAACACUGAGUGAAGAUUUACUUAAAAAACUAAUCUGCUUUUAUUCAUGAUGUUAGUUAGUUUUUAUCACUUUUAAGCACUUUUCUUCUGGGGGUUUUUAUCUUAUAAAU